CUGCAGGCGGCACGGCUGUGCUCAGUCCACUGCCCUGCUUCCUCCGCACAGAGCAGAAGGGACCAACCGGCCGGUGGCAGACCAAAAUACAAACAAUGGGCAAGAAGCACAAGAAGCACAAGUCGGAAAAACACGGAUAUGAAGAAUACGGAGAAAGGCCACUGAAGCUGGUGUUAAAAGUGUCCGGGAACGAAGUGACCACGGGAAGCUCGAGUCUGGACACUUUUUACGACGAGCAGCAGACGGACUUUGACAAGCCCAAAGACAAGAAGAAGAAAAAGAAGAAGGAUAAAGAGAGGAACCUUGGCUCACCGGAGGAUGACAGAGGAAAGAAAAAGAUGACAAAGAAGAAGAAAGGACAGGAUGCCGAUGGAGACGAUGACAGAGAGCAGAGCAGAACUCCUAUCCGCUCAGAGCUGGAUAAACUGGAAGAAAAAGAGCAGACCCCUCUGCAGGAAGCUUUGAACCAGCUCAUCAGGCAGCUUCAGAGGAAAGACCCCAGUGCAUUCUUUUCAUUUCCAGUGACAGACCUCAUCGCUCCUGGCUACUCCUCAAUUAUCAAGCGUCCAAUGGACUUCAGUACAAUGAAGGAAAGAGUAAAGAAAGAGUGCUACCAGUCACUGGAUGAACUCAAGGUCGAUUUCAGGAUCAUGUGUGAAAACGCCAUGAUUUACAACAAACCUGAAACAAUCUACCAUAAAGCAGCUCGGAAACUGUUACACUCUGGAAUGAAGAUCCUGAGCCAGGAGAGGCUGGAGAGCCUGAAGCAGAGCAUAGAUUUCAUGGCUGGCUUGGACCCUUCUGCCAAACAGCCGCUGAAAUCUGAGGAACAAGGAGGCACCAACUCAGACACGAGCAAGGACGGACCUGCGACCACGGACAGCAGCGAGAGGUCCCAGACACCCAGCACACCCAGACAGGACAAGGACUCCAAGGACGAAGCAGCAAAGGCAGAGAAAGAGCUUGAGGAAAUCCGCAAGGUCAUCGAGGAGUCUGGAGGAAAGCUGUCCAACAGAGUGCUGCAGUGCGAUUUGGAGUUUGCAAGGCGAAAGUCUGAUGGCUCCACCACUCUGGCUAUCCUCAACCCAGCAGAUCCAUCAGCUGGAGAUGCUGGGUACUGUCCUGUGAAACUGGGCAUGAUGUCCAAUCGGCUGCAGAGCGGUGUGAACACUCUGCAGGGCUUUAGGGAGGACAAGAGGAACCGGAUUACUCCAGUGUCCUACAUGAACUACGGGCCGUACACCUCCUACGCACCCGCUUAUGACUCCAGCUUCGCCAACGUCAGCAAGGACGAUUCUGACCUCAUCUACUCGUUCUAUGGAGAGGAGUCCAGCCUGCAGGGCUCAGACAGCUUGUCAGAGUUUCUGGCCAAAUCCGACGAGUAUGUGUACAAACUGGCAGACAAUCUUCUGGAUGCAGUGACCAACGGAGAGCAUUCAAAAGUCCUGAAGGAGACUGAGCCACAGGUGGAGGCGCCAGCAAAUGCUCAGGAAGACAAAGAUGACAUGGAGGUAGCUGAACCCGAAGCAUCCAACAGGCUGGACUUGCUGCGCUCUGCUGUUGGCCUGCAGAUGUCUGAGGAGCUCUCUGGGGAGGCCCUGCACUUCCAGCACAAACUGGACGAGACUACAAAGCUGCUGCGCGACUUGCAGGAAGCCCAGAAGGAGCGUUUGAGCGCCAAGCAGCCACCUAACAUGAUCUGCUUACUGGCCCCAACUGCAAAGGAGCUGGAGCUGGCUGAGAAGGUGACAGGGAACCUGACUGAGCUGACUGGUCAAGUGGCCCCAUGUGACGUCAGCAGCAUCUACGGUAUCCGGAAGGCCAUGGGCAUCGCUGUACCUCCAGAACCACCUGAGCCCUUCACAGACCUUACUACAGUGAAAGAGACGGUUGAACCGAUGGAGACGUUGUCCAGCUGUCCGGAUGUGGUUCCUGUUGUCGCUGUGUAAUCAAUUUCCAGACACUCUCAUUCAAUUUAAUAACUUAAGUUUUGUACAAACGGUGCUUUUUCUGUGACAUUUGCAUGCAUUCAAUCAAUAAACCUUGUUUUUAUUAUAAA